UUAAUAAUUUAAAAAAAUCAUAGCCAAUUAAUAAAAUUGGCUAAACUUAAUAAGAAGUAUGGAAAUAAUUAUAGAAAAGUGUUUGCACCGGUUUGUCGGAAAGGAGUGGUUUGAAUCAUUGUCGGGAUUGAAAAGUAUAAUUCUUUCUUCUAACGUGGUUUCAAAGGCGAUUCAUUAUUUGGUUGGCGACCCGCGAUUUCCGGUUAUUGUUUACCGACAAUCGAUUUUCAAAUUAAUGAGUUGCAAAAACGCAUAGUAUAUUUUUAGAUUAUCUAAGAAAAUAAUUAAAACCAUGGAUAGUAAAGAAGCACAUAGAUCGUGGAACGGUUGUCAGCCCGGUGAAGAGAUUGUUAUUUCUGGCAUUGCUGGCAGAUUUCCGAAAUCAGACAAUAUGCAUCAAUUACGGAAAAAUUUAUUUGAUAAAGUUGAUCUUGUUACGGGAAAUCAUGAUCGAUGGAAAAUGGAACAUCCCGAAUUACCAAGACGUAUGGGAAUAAUUAACAAUAUAGAAAAAUUUGACGCGGAUUUCUUCGGAACAUCUUUCAAGCAAGCACACGCACUCGGGCCUGAGGCAAGAAUGCUAAUAGAACAUUCUUAUGAAGCAAUUAUCGAUGCGGGAAUUAACCCAAAGCAAUUGCGAGGAAAAAAUACUGCCGUAAUCAUAGGGACAUCUUACGUUGAAUCACAAUUUGAAUUUAUGUAUAAGACAAAUCAGCUAGAUGGUCUGAAUAUAGUUGGAUACCACAAAGCUGCAGUAGCUAAUAUGAUUUCAUACUACCUGGAUCUGAAAGGACCAUCAUGUAUAAUCGAUUCAUCCUGCAGUUCGUGUGCCCAUGUCAUGGCCCAAGCUUAUGAAUAUAUCAUGUCGGGCAAAUGCGAAGAUGCAAUAAUUGGAGCUGCACAUACAUGUCUACAUCCUUUGGUAAACCUGCAGUUCAAGCGUCUAGGUGUCUUGUCACCUAAAGGUUACUGUAGACCAUUUGACAUCGCUGCAAAUGGUUUUUCUCGUAGUGACACAGUGGGAGUGAUAUAUCUUCAAAAAGCAAAGAAUGCGAAAAGGAUUUAUGCCAUAUGUCCAUAUGUUAAAUUAAACUGCGACGGUUAUAAAGAGGAAGGAAUAACAUACCCAUCCUCGUUAAUGCAUAGUACCUUAUUGACGGAUUUUUAUAAUGAGUGCAAAGUACUGACAUCAUGUUUCGAUUACAUUGAAGCACAUGGUACCGGUACCAGAGCCGGCGAUCCUCAAGAACUACUUGCUAUUUGUAAUGUUUUGUGUAAGAAUAGAGAAACUCCAUUAAUGAUAGGCUCCGUAAAAUCCAAUCUAGGUCAUGCUGAACCUGCAAGCGGCAUGACUCAAAUUGCUAAGGUAAUAAUAGCAUUUGAAACCGGUAUUGUUCCACCAAAUAUCAAUUAUACUUCACCAAGAACUGAUAUAAGCGGAUUAGUAAAUGGAACUCUUAGUGUCGUUCAAAAACCAAUGCCGCUUAAGAAGGGUUACAUACCAAUCAAUUCUUUUGGCGUUGGGGGCUCCAACGCUCACAUAUUGUUAAAAUGGAACGACAAACAGAAGAUUAAGAAUCGAGCAACGAACGAUAACUUGCCUAGACUUGUAAUAAUAUCUGGACGCACUGAAGAAGCAGUAAAAUCCUUUUUUAAUGACGUUACCAAUCAUCCGAUAGAUGUAGAAUAUAUACGUUUGCUGCACGAUGUCUUUUCAGACAACAUAGACGGUCACCCAUGGAGAGGAUUCGUUAUACUGAAUAAUUUGCAACGAGAACUAACAAAUGAAACUCAAAGUUGCAUAAAUGUAAAAAGACCAGUUUGUUUUAUAUUUUCUGCUUUAGGCUCGCAAUGGCUAGGAAUGGGACAAAAUUUAUUAAAAUUUCACAUCUUUGCAAAUACGAUAAGAACGUGUGAUGUGUUUUUAAAACCAUGUGGUAUAAGUGUCACGGACAUUUUGACAAGAACCGAAAUUGGGCGUGAAAAUGCAUUAGCCGCGUUUGUUGGCACCGUCACUGUUCAGAUCGGCUUAGUAGACCUCCUAACAUUUUUAGGAAUUACUCCCGAUUACAUGAUUAGUCAUUCUGCUGGUGAACUCGGUUGCGCGUACGCAGAUGGAUGUCUUACCAUUGAACAAACUAUUUUAUCAGCAUAUUUUAUUGGUUUGACAUGUGUUCAAGGAACAGUAAUUCGUAGCUCUAUGGCACUUGUCAAUUUUAAUUACGAAAGUCUAAAAAUUAUGUGUCCAACGGGUGUUGAAAUAGUAUGCCGUAAUAGCCAAAACAGUUGCGUUUUGUGUGGGCCCACGCAAUCUGUACAAAAAUUUACGAAGAAAUUGCAGCUUAAUAACAUUUACGUGAAAGAGAUCUACUGCAACGUACCGUAUCAUAGUUCCUAUCUCGCAUCCGUGGAAACUCAGCUCUUGUUUCAUUUAAACAAUAUAAUACCACGGCCGAAAAAACGGAGUUCAAAGUGGAUCAGCUCUUCCAUACCCAACACCGAAUGGUUGACUUCAGCAUCGAGAUUAUCAUCGGCGAACUAUCAUACGCACAGUAUUUUGAAUACCGUUCUCUUUGAACAAACGACGCAUCUAAUUCCAAGUAACGCUGUCACCAUCGAAAUCGCACCAGACGUUCUACAGUACGUUUUGAAAGAAUCCUUGCAUCCGAAAGUGACGAACAUUAUAUUGAAUCGACGCAAUGGGAAAAAUGUCGAUGAAAUUUUACAAGGAAUUGGAAAGCUCUAUAACUGUGGUUUACAACCGCAGGUAGCCAACUUAUAUCCGCCAGUAGAAUUUCCAGUUAGCCGAGGAACUCCUAUGAUCUCUCCAUCUAUCAGGUGGGAUCAUUCCAAAGAUUGGUUUACAUAUAACUAUGAAUCAAACGUUGCAUCAACAAAGAAAUUUAAAUUACGAGAAAGGCAUGUCGAAGUCUCUCUCAAGAAUGAGGACUACGAUUAUAUGAGGGGACAUGUAAUAGACGGAAGAAAUUUAUUACCAGCGACCGGUUAUCUUGCACUCGUUUGGGAAACUGUCGGCAUAAGGAAAGGGUAUAUACUGUACACCACAAUACCGAUAAUAUUCCAAGAUGUAAAGUUUAUUCGUGCUACUUAUCUAUCGGAAAAUGAUGUUGUAAAAUUAACGAUUUCGAUACAGAAAGAUGGAAAGUUUGAAAUAAUCGAAGGAAACAGCGUUGUAGUGACAGGUAGAGUGUAUGAGACACCAAAUCCGGAACAAGAAAUGACUUCGACACAUAUAUUAUCGGAAUGUAACGAAGAAGAACGUAUGACUGCCAGAGAUAUCUACAAAGAAUUAAAAUUGCGCGGUUAUCAGUACAACGGCUUGUUUCGUGGAUUGCACAGCGCAUCUAUUUCAGGCAACAAAGGACAUGUUAUUUGGAAAAACAAUUGGGUAGCAUUUAUGGACGCCAUGCUACAAAUGCAAGUUAUCGGACACGACACGAGAGAUAUGUUCGUCCCUACGAGUAUUCAGAAAGUGGUAAUUAACCCUAUGCUUCAUGUCAGAAAGCUAUGUGACAGUGGGGACGGUGUCGAUGCUGCAAUAAACACAGAAAAUCGUACCUUAUUACCGAUACGAAUGCAUAGAGAAAUAGAUACGAUUGUAGCUGGUGGAAUAGAAAUUCGAGGACUUCAAGCUACUCAAAUCAUUCGCCGGAAAUUAAAUCAAUAUGCUGUUAUCGAGGAACACGUAUUUAUAGCUCAUCACGAUCGCGCAAAGAUUUCUAUAAACGAAGCAAUUCGAAUAUUGGCACAACUCGCGCUGGAAGAUCACCAAAUCAUCAAAGUGAGAGCCAUCGAGUUAGUGGAAGAUGUCGACAAUGUUGCGUUAGAACAUCUCUCAUCUUCGCUGUUGGUUGAGGCUUUUGAAGAUCUCCCAUUAAUACAAACGAAUAUCACUCUAUUAACAUCACCGAAUCGUUUUAAUCCAGCAGAAUUAUCGCAAAACAUUUUUAUCAAAGAUUUAAACAAACCAUUUGUAGAUGACAAAGUCUUAAUAGUUGCCGGAUUCGAUCUUCUGACUAAACAGCAAACCUCUUUAGAACGACUUUUGCCAUUUCUGAGAGAAGGUGGUUAUCUGUUGACGCGUGAAAAAUGCGACGUACUUGACUAUAACAAAUACCUACAACGUUACAAAUUAAUUGUUGUUCUCGAAAAGAGAACUGAUAAAGAAACGAUUAUUCUUAUGAAGAAGAAAGUUCAUAUAAAAAAAAGAAUUGUUGUUUACAUAAAUAAUAAUAACUUUAACUGGCUGGAUGAUUUAAAACCACUCGUGAGUGAUGAGAACAAACUUGAGAAGGAUAGUAGAAUUAUAAUUGUUGGAGAGGGAGACCCUGAGUGUGGCCUGUUGGGUUUUGUUAACUGCUUGGCAAGAGAAAUGAGUGGAGAAUUUGUUAGGGGUGUGCUAAUUCAAGAUACGAAGGCUCCUAAAUUUUCUCUUCAAGAACCCUUCUAUUUACAACAACUGCAAAAAGAUAUGACGAUUAAUGUAUUGCGACCUAAUAAGGCCUGGGGAUCGUACAGACAUUUACGAUUGCUACCACCGAAAGCCAGUCACGUACCCUCGGCUCACGUCUGCCAAAUGAUACAUGGUGACAUGAACUCAUUUUGUUGGAUAGAAAACAAUGUUUCUAUCGAAUGUCGAACUGAAGAUUUGGUACGUGUUGUUUAUUCUUCCCUCAACUUCAGAGACGUAAUGUUUGCCACUGGUAGAUUAGUAUUAUCAAAUCAGAUAAUUUCGCAAGGACGAUUAUUUCAAUAUGUUCCUCUUGGAUUGGAAUACGCUGGAUACGAUUCUAAUGGACAACGUGUAAUGGGAAUAUGUCCUUCUAAUUGUAUAGCAAACAUUGUUGCAAAAAGCCAGUUAUGCUGGAAAGUACCGGAUACAUGGACAUUUGAAGAAGCUGCGACAGUCCCAUGCGUUUACAGCACAGUUUACUUAGCACUACAUAUCCAUGGGAAAAUGAAAAAAGGUGAAAAGGUACUUAUACAUUCUGGUACUAGUGGUGUUGGUCAAGCAGCUAUUCACGUCGCUCUCAAAGAAGGAUGCGAAAUAUUCACUACCGUAGGCACGAAUGAAAAACGAAAAUUUAUUAAAGAAAUAUUUCCAACUAUUUUGGACGAACACAUUGGAAAUUCUCGAGAUACCAGUUUCGAACAAAUGAUAAUGAAGCAAACGAACGGCCGCGGCGUCGACAUAGUAUUGAAUUCGUUGGCGGAAGAAAAGUUAAUCGCGUCCGUUCGUUGUUUAGCACAAAAUGGUCGUUUCUUGGAGAUUGGCAAAUUUGAUCUUCAAUCUAAUAAUCCUUUAGAUAUGUCCGUGUUUCAGAAAGGUAUUAGCUUUUAUGCGAUUCUACUCGAUAAUAUAUUCAACAGUGACCAUCACAAGCAUAAAUCCCUAAUAAUAAAAAUGGUAAAAGAUGGUCUAAAAAAUGGAACCGUCAAACCAAUUCCAGUAAAAAUUUUUUCAAAGACAGACAUUGAACAAGCUUUUAAAUACAUGGCAAGUGGAAAACAUAUGGGAAAGAUUAUUAUAAAUAUCGAGGAGAAGAAUAAAUCUUUAGACUCUGUUGUCGCAUAUCGUCGCUAUUGUUGUCUCAGAAACAAAAGUUACAUUAUAUUAGGAGGCCUAGGUGGAUUUGGCUUGGAGUUGACCGAUUGGCUGAUACUCCGAGGCGCCAGAAACGUUGUAUUGAUUUCGCGAGCUGGAAUAAAGAACGGUUACCAGCGCAUGAAGAUACGUCUGUGGAAGAAGUAUGGAGUAAACGUAUUGAUCAUCAAGAAUAUCGAUGUCGCCGAUCCCAAGGAUUGCGAAUAUCUCUUGCGAACUGCGGAAACGGAAGCUCCGGUGGAUGCGAUAUUCAAUCUCGGUGUAGUGCUGAGGGAUGGCGUUCUGAGAAACCAAACCGCGGAGACGUUUGCGGAGUCCUUCCGAUCAAAGGCACGAGCGACGCAAAUUUUGGACAAACUUUCGAGAAAGAUCUGCCCUAAACUGCGGCACUUCGUAGUGUUUUCUUCCGUUUCCUGCGGCCGGGGGAACGCUGGAAUGACUAAUUAUGGCAUGGCUAACUCCAUUAUGGAGAGAGUGUGCGAAAGAAGAGCGGCGGAAGGAUUACCCGGAUUGGCAAUUCAAUGGGGAGCUGUGGGUGACGUUGGUCUCCUCGCUGACAUGAAAGAGGAUGAUAAGGUACGGAUUAUCGGUGGUACUUUGAAACAAAAAAUAUCCUGCUGUCUCGAUGAGCUCGAUAAGUUUCUACUUCAAAGUCGGCCGAUUGUGAGCAGCAUGGUGGUAGCUGAAAAGGAAGUGCGAUCUUCUGGACUUGGAAGUCUGAUAGAAACUGUCAACAGUAUUUUAGGCAUAAAAAACAUGAAACUUAUAAACCAAAAUGCAACUCUGGCCGAAUUUGGAAUGGACUCUAUGAUAACCCAGGAGAUCAAGCAAACUCUACAGCGAGAUUUUAACGUUUCCUUCACUGCGAGUGAGAUACGAAAUUUCACAUUCGCGAAACUCAUUGAGCUAUCCAGUACGAACAUCAGUGACGAUAAUAUGCAAGAUGAAACGGAAACAAAGAGGAAUCAAACAUUGUAUCGACGGGAAUGUAACUGCAUUUAAUUAUAUAGCACAAAAUGUAAAUUUUCCAGCAACGUUUCUGCAAUAUGACACAAAUAACAUACAUUUACCAAACGUUUUCUUGGAGGCGACUAAUCAUCUCAUAAACAUACGCAAUUGUAUUAGUAAUUUCACAUUGU